UUUGCUCUGCGCCUAAUACAAGCUGCGCCUAUAUAAUGGCUUGUAUCUAAAGCUCUAAAGACUAUCUCGUUCUCAAUCUCCGUAGCCUCUUUCAUAUCAAGCUGAAGCUUGUCUUAAUCGAAGCUGUCAAAUUGAGUUUGACAAAAUGUCGAGGAACCCCAGGGUCUUCUUUGACAUCCUGAUUGGAAAGGCGAAAGCGGGUCGGGUCGUAUUUGAGCUGUUUUCUGACGCUACCCCGAAAACCGCAGAAAACUUCCGCGCCCUGUGCACCGGAGAGAAGGGGAUUGGGAUAUCCGGGAAGCCACUUCACUACAAGGGCUCAACGUUUCACCGCAUUAUCCCGACCUUCAUGUGCCAGGGUGGAGACUUCACGCGAGGAAAUGGGACCGGAGGAGAGUCGAUUUACGGGUUGAAGUUUGAGGACGAGAACUUCAAGAUGAAGCACACGGGGCCGGGAGUUCUUUCAAUGGCGAAUUCCGGGCCGAAUACCAAUGGAUCUCAGUUCUUCAUAUGCACUGAGAAGACUUCUUGGCUUGAUGGGAAGCAUGUGGUGUUUGGGAAAGUUGUUGAUGGUUAUAGCGUUGUUAAGCAGAUGGAGAGUGUGGGUUUGGAUACUGGCAAGACUAGUCAACCUGUUGUUAUUGAGGAAUGUGGUCAGUUAACUGAGAACUAAACUAAUCAUGUAAAAAUCAGUGAAUGUUAGGAACCUUUUGAUGUUGGAGCAGUAAAGUUGUUAUUGUUAGAUUAUGAAAUUUCUAGACAUGCUCAUUUUGGAGCGGAGAGAUUAUUAUAUACAAUCGAUGUUUAUUUUCUAAGGCCAUUGUAACUGGUAUUUUACAAGGAAAAAUUGAAUGCUGAUGGAGAGGAGAAAAUCCCAAGUAUAGCUUUUAACUA